CAAAGCCUCUCGGCUGGGACAACUGAAUCCGAACCAUUUCUGCUUCUCAGCGAAGCGACUCGACUCUUGUCUAAACCCUACGGCCCCCGCCGACCACCCUUCACCGCCGCACCAUGGGUAGCCGGCUGGGCCGCCGCGUUCUCCAUUUUGCGAACCUCCCCAUCAAGCUCAUGCUUCCCCCGGCGCCCCUGUCCUCCGUCCAGGAAUUCGCCGUCAAGACUAUCCCCUCCGCCUCGAAGGUCGACAUUCGCCGCUGCCUCGAGUCGAUGUACGGCUUCUCCAUCGCCGAAGUCCGCACCCUCAACAUGGAAGGCAAGAAACUCCGCCGGGGUCCGUUCCUCGCCGCCAAGCCCGACUACAAGAAGGCCUACGUUACUCUCCGGGCCCCGCUCUCCGUCUCCCCCGACAUCUUCCCCAUCGGGGUGAUCCUCGGGGAGAGGGAGCGGAAGGCCAGCGCCGCCGCGGCGAGGAGGAAGGCGGUGGAGGGUGCGGAGGUCGAAGGGGAGAGGGAUGGGAAGGGGAAGCAUUGGAUGGAGGACGAGAGGGAGGGGUUCUCCAGGGCCGGCUGCGGCAAGGUUGUGUAUGGAAACCCUGGCAGGCUGGGGAAGAAGAGGCGAGGGCGUGCCAGAUUGAACGAGGAGGCUGACGAGGAGAAGGAGAAAUUCCCAUGGAAUGGGAUGCGUCUUGCUACCGAGAAGCCUACCAGGAAAAGACACUAUCCUCCAAAGAAAAAGGGUGGCAUGGUCUUGAAGCAGAGAUCACACAGGGGGUCAGCGCUGCGUGCAAAGAAUAAGUUGGAAGCUUGAAACUCAUUGCUGGCUUGCUUCGUCUCGACCUUAAGAGAGCACCACGCCUUGAAGCAGGAUUCAAUCCAUGGAUCCACGAGUACGCUGCCGGAUUCAUAUCGUUUUGUAGUCACAUAAUAAUGUGGAGAUGUUUUUGUAUUUAUACUUGGCUUUAGUGUCUUUUGCUAUCAAAUCUUGUUGGGAUUCUAUGGGUUAUCUCAGGCAUGGCAUGGGGUUGCUGAGGACCGGAAGGUGGUGACGCACUCACGCCGAGCUGUAACUGUAGUAGCCCUUGCGGUUAACUCUUUUUUGAAUAUGCCUCGACAUCAAGACUCCUAAUUACUGCAGUACAAGAGAGAGAAUGUACACCUGAUUCGUCCUUGUUUGCUCUUUUUC